GUAAAAAUUAAUUAACAAAUGGUCGGUCGCGCAUAUAUAUAUAUAUCCGUAAUGAUGAGCUGGAACCAAAAAAAUCAAAUCAAAUCGAUGGCAAGAAGCGCGGGUCGAUUCACCUUCACACGGUGCUUCUUCUACUUCUCUCUCAACCUACUUUUCUUCUUCUUCAUUUCUUCACUCGCCCACGAUGAACAAACCCUAACCACUCUCAAAGGUGUUGAUAUUGAAAAACCAGUUUUGGAUGUAUCUCCUUCCUUACCUUUGGGGAACUCUGAUACUGAAGGUGUUAAAAAUAAAAACAUUAAGCUAUGUGAGCGUGUUCAAGUUUCUGGCAUCUCGAGAUUGAACCUCCGAAGCUAUGCUAAUUCAUAUCAUAUUACUCUGGCUCCAUCUGUUGCCAUUCCAGAAAGAUUGCAUACCAAAAUUAAGAUUUGUUUUCACAAGAAUAAUACUCUUGGAUGGUGUCAGUGUGAAAAGGAUGAAUGGAGGGGUGUACAGAAGGGGGUCUGGAGUGCAGUUAUGUCACCUUACGAGACUAGAUAUGUUGAUGUCAAGAUUGAUCGGGAAAUACUGGGUUCAGUUACAGUUGCACUCGAAGAAGGUUUUCAGCAAUGGCGUCUCAUUAGUCUUGCUGCUGGAUUGAUAAUGUUGCUGUUGGCUCCAAUUAUUAGCAGUUGGGUUCCGUUUUAUUACAGCAGUUCAAUGGCCAUUGGAAUCUUUCUUGUCGUUAUAAUCAUUCUUUUUCAGGGCAUGAAAUUUUUGCCAACAGGAAGAAAAAAUAUCUUUUACCUUGCUAUAUAUGGAUCAGUGCUUGGAGCUGGGUCAUUCCUUUUGCAUCAAUUCUCUAUGAUUGUCAAUUCAAUUCUUCAAAGUUUUGGGUUGAGUGAAGAGAUGCACAAUCCGGUUGCCCUUUUUGUACUACUGGGUAUCAUCUUGGCUGGAGCUGCUUUAGGCUACUGGAUUGUCAGGAGAUUUGUUAUUUCAAAAGAAGACGGUACUGUGGAUGCUGGGGUUGCUCAGUUUGUGAAAUGGGCAAUGCGCAUUAUUGGGGCUACCUUUGUUUUGCAGAGCACUCUUGAUACUCCUCUCGCAUUUGGAGCCUUAAUCUCUUGUGGAGUUGUUUGCCAAAUUGGUUCUUUAAUAAAAUUACUUCAUGGAUGGUAUGAAACUUCAGGGAAUGAUGAUUAUUCGCUGAACUGGGCGAGAGGAACUCCCAGUCGUGCAGAAUUCCUUAGCAAGUCACCUCCUAAAGGAAAAAUGUGGAAUAGCCCUAAAAGUGGCUCUAAUGGAAAAAUGUGGAACAACCCUAAAAGGACGUCCUGGUCUGACUCUCCUGUGAGAGGUAUUGUUUCACCCUCUUCUGGGUUUUCGACACAAACUUCUGGGACUCAAUUAGGGACAAAUUAUUAUUCAACCUUCCACAAGACGGGCAACAGGAAGAAGUUCACUAAGGAAGAGUGGGAUGACUUCACCAGAGACUCCACCAAGCAAGCUUUAGCUGAAUGGGCAGCAUCUCCAGAAUUCACUGAUUGGAUCAUUGAACACGCGGAUCGGAUAAAACUGCUUCCGAGCGAGAGUUCGGAUGAGAUAUUGGGGAGUGAAUCAGAUUCCACAGAAGGAGGAAGUGGAAGUGGAAAUGGAUUUCGAUUUUUUAGUUGGCAGUGAGUUGAUACAAAUAAGAAUGUAGUAACUAGCAGAAAUGAUUUUUUUUUAUUCAUAGGGUUAGGUAACAAUAACAAUUAAGAGUGUAAUUUUGGUAGGAAGUCACAUUCCCUUACUAACAACUAACAUGUAGAUAGUAUUUAUUAGUUUGCCUGAAUUUUCCAAACUGAAAGCAUGAGAAAUCAUGCCAAUUCUUUUACUAUUGGACCUGUUUUUGUUACUUCUCUUGUAGUACCAUUUGUCAAUUUGUAAUAGUUUCGAAUAUUGCACUCCUACUGGAUUUCAA